CCCAGCUGGUCCAUAGCCUGAUGUGUCUAAAGCACGAGAAGAGGCCAGCUCCAACUGAUGAUGCGGUGCCAGUUUCAGGUUCGGCAUUGGCUUUUUCUGAUUGUCAUCCGCAUCUGGUGGCUGUGGUUUGCGGCUUUGCGAAGGACACCGAUCUCUACCCGAACUACAUCCAGGGAAAAUUUGGAGAGGACGCUUGGUUUAAGACCAGCACGGCUUCAGCGGAUGUUUUGGGAGUGGCCGACGGCGUAGGAGGAUGGCGUGCACACGGCAUCGACCCCGGCCAGUUCUCUUCAUAUCUGAUGCACAGCUGCGAGCGGCUAGUCCAUGGACAGAGCUUUGAUCCCUCCAAGCCAGCAGAGCUGUUGGCUUCCAGUUUUUGUGAUCUGAUGGAGCAGAAGCAACCGAUUCUAGGCAGCAGCACGGCUUGUGUGGUGACCUUCGAACGGCUAAGAAGCACCCUACACGCGGCUAAUAUUGGGGACAGUGGAUUUCUAGUGCUGCGCAACGGCGCCAUAGUCUGUCGCUCGCGAGAACAGCAGCACUUUUUCAACACACCAUACCAGCUGUCGAUGCCGCCUCCCGGACAUAACCUUCAAGUGCUAUCAGAUGGGCCGGAGUGCGCAGAAAUUUUAUGUCUUGCAGUAAAACCCGGCGAUGUUAUAUUGCUGGCAACCGACGGUAUCUUUGACAAUGUGUCCGAUGACUUACUACUCCAAGUAGUUAGUGAACUGGAGGGCGUCAACGAUCCCGUACAAUUGCAGAUGGCCGCCAACUGUUUAGCCUUGAUGGCACGAAUGCUCAGCUUCAACUCGGACUAUAUCUCGCCCUUUACUCUAAAUGCUCGACGCAACAAUAUCGAGGCCAUUGGCGGCAAGCCGGAUGACAUUACAGUCAUUUUGGCCACCGUAGUUGAGUGAAUGCUGUAUGUUGUUACCAUGUUCCCGUCCUGGAAACGGUCACUGGUUUCUCCGCAGACAAAUUGAGCCUCUGAUUCAAAUUGUGUGUAGAAAAGUUUGGUGAUUGUUGUCACGACUCGGAACGUGAAGACGAACACGUUUCCAAAUUUGCAAGUCCCACACUUUAAAUAUAAGGAUAUUUAUGUAUAUUUUGUGUAUGUUAAAGUGUCCCAUCAAAUUGUUUAAUCGAGUGGUCUCAAGGAAUUAUUAUACCAUAACUACAAGCUAGAAGAAAAUACAAUUACCAGCAAUGAAGAACCCCA